GCGGCCCCGCGGGGAGGGGCGCAGAGGCGCGGCCCCUGUCCCCACCGCCGCGCUCCUGCCCCCCGCACCCGGUCGCGCGGCUUCUGAAGAGUCUCUAGAAAAGCUCGCGGACUCCGCUCAUCCUCGUCGGCCGGAGCCCAUGCCCUCUCCGGCCUGCGAGCGGGACCGGGUCACGCCGGGUCGCUGGGCUCCAGGCAGGGAGGGGGUCAGAGAAGGGCUGCGGCCGGGCUCUCCGCACGCAGCCUCACUGCGUCUUUGGGGAGGCGGCCCUGUUCCCAGGCAAGACUGAUGAUGUGGGGGGACGACUGGAAAGCUCUGGGUCCAACGAGAUCGUGACCGUCUCUCCCGAACCUCUCUGUGGUCAGCGGAAAGCGAGGACGCCGGCCGGCCACACAGACCACGCCGUCGGGCUUCCCACCUCGGGGAGAUGGCGGGGCUCGGCCCAUCCCGAGGGCAGUGGGUAUAGCCCAGCGCGACUGAGAUGGUGACCGAAGGUCGCACAUCUAGUACUUGGCGGAGCUGGGGCUCAACCCAGCUUGCCCCCCCAGGCUGGCCUCGGUGCUCUCCGAACCUAGAAGAAGGAACCGACUGUGCCUGCAGUGUGUCUGGCAAGUCGUCCCUGAAAUAAUUCAAAAAGCCAAAAGACCCCACAAAGAAGCAGUUCCUGAGCAGCUCCAGGCUCCAGGCGCUGUUUGGCUUACAGAUCCGGGAGUGACCCUGGGCGGGGGGACGACACUGCUCCGUCUCACAGAGGAGCAAUUGGCCCCACGCUCCUGCUGUAUUGUAGGCAUGGUGGUCCCUGGGCACCAUCGUGGACAACCCCCUGCUCACAUCCACUGAGGACACAGCUGUGGACACUUUCCAGUUUCUGAACCUCACAACCUCCCUGUUCUGGAGGAAAGGAAACCAGUCGUGACAGUCCUCAUCUGAUGACAAAACGUGGCCCAAGAGGCCUGAUGCUGGUGACUCCUGCCCUCCAGGAAGCAGUUGCCUGCUGUGGCUCCCGUCCUCUGGGCUUCAGGCACCGUGACACCACCAUGCACUCCGCUCUCUGGGCCGGAUUCUUCCUGAGGUUGUCACCCACACGUGGCUCCCGCAGUUUCACAGUGAACAACCGCGGACCGCGGGAGGAAGCAAGCCACCCUUCACAAGACGAAUUCCGGGUCUGUAGCUGCGGCUGGGACCUGCAUCCCUGUUCUCAUUUAGUGGAUCCUGCAUUCUUCCGAGGCUGGAACACCACAGCCCCUCACCUGCUGAUGGAGUUUUCAAGUCCUCCCAGAGGAGAAUGUUCCCGGCCUCUGGACAGGGCGGGUGUCAGGGCUGCCAGCCUCACGGGACUGCUGUUCCUUCAGGUGAUAUCGUGGGCAUCAGGUGCCCGGCCCUGCAGCCCUAAAAGCUUCGGCUACAGCUCGGUGGUGUGUGUCUGCAACGCCACAUACUGUGACUCUCUUGACCCCCUGACCCUGCCGGCCCCAGGCACCUUCAGCCGCUACGAGAGCACGCGCAGUGGACGCCGGAUGGAGCGGAGUCUGGGGACCAUCCAGGCCAACCGCACGGGCACAGGGCUUCUGCUGACCCUGCAGCCAGACCAGAAGUUCCAGAAAGUGAAGGGGUUUGGAGGGGCCAUGACAGACGCUGCUGCCCUCAACAUCCUCGCCCUGUCCCCCCCUGCCCGGAACUUGCUGCUCAAAUCUUAUUUCUCUGAAGAAGGCAUCGAGUACAACAUCAUCAGGGUCCCCAUGGCCAGCUGUGACUUCUCCGUCCGCACCUACACGUAUGAUGACACCCCUGAUGACUUCCAGUUACGAGACUUCAGCCUCCCCGAGGAGGACGUCAAGCUCAAGAUACCCCUGAUUCACCAAGCUCUGGCACUGGCCCAGCGCCCCGUGUCACUGUUUGCCAGUCCCUGGACGUCACCCACGUGGCUGAAGACCAAUGGGGCCGUGAAUGGGAAGGGGUCGCUCAAGGGUCAGCCUGGGGAUAUCUACCACCAGACCUGGGCCAGAUACUUUGUGAAGUUCCUGGAUGUCUAUGCAGAGCACAAGCUACACUUCUGGGCAGUAACGGCAGAAAAUGAGCCUUCGGCAGGGCUGCUCAGCGGGUACCCCUUCCAGUGCCUGGGUUUCACGCCCGAGCACCAGCGAGAUUUCAUCGCCCGGGACCUGGGUCCUGCCCUUGCCAACAGUGCGCACCGCGACACCCGUCUGCUCAUUCUGGAUGACCAGCGCUUGCUCCUGCCCCACUGGGCCCAGGUGGUGCUGGCGGACCCAGAGGCAGCUAAGUACGUGCAUGGUGUGGCUGUGCACUGGUACCUGGACUUCCUGGCCCCAGCCAAGGCCACCCUGGGGGAGACACACCGCCUCUUCCCCGACAUCAUGCUUUUCGCCUCGGAGGCCUGUGUGGGCUCCAAGUUCUGGGAGCAGAGUGUGCGCCUGGGCUCUUGGGACCGGGGAGUACAAUACAGUCACAGCAUCAUCACGAACCUCCUGUACCACGUGGCCGGCUGGACCGACUGGAACCUUGCCCUGAACCCAGAAGGGGGGCCCAACUGGGUGCGCAACUUUGUGGACAGUCCCAUCAUCGUUGACAUCGCCAAGGACACGUUUUACAAACAGCCCAUGUUCUAUCAUCUCGGCCACUUUAGCAAGUUCAUCCCCGAGGGCUCCCAGAGAGUGGGGCUGCUGGCCAGCCAGAAGAACAGCCUGGAUGUAGUGGCGCUGACCCGUCCCGAUGGCUCUGCGGUUGUGGUGGUGCUGAACCGCUCCCCGAAGGACGUGCCUCUCACCAUCGAGGACCCUGGUGUGGGCUUUGUGGAGACGCUGUCCCCGGGCCACUCCAUCCACACCUACCUGUGGAGCCGCCCAUGAUGGAGCCUGGGUGUGGGCAUUAAAGGGGUACAGCCAGCUCA